AUGGGUGUGGAUUACUAUAAGAUAUUGCAGGUGGAUAAGAACGCAACAGAUGAGGAUUUGAAGAAAGCUUAUAGAAAACUGGCCAUGAAAUGGCACCCUGAUAAGAAUCCCAACAACAAGAAAGAAGCUGAGGCAAAAUUCAAAGAAAUUUCUGAAGCCUACGAGGUUUUAAGUGAUUCCCAGAAGCGGGCCAUCUAUGAUCAAUAUGGUGAAGAAGGCCUAAAAGGUCAAGUGCCGCCGCCAGGUGCUGGUGGUGCUGGUCCUGGAGGUGCUACAUUUUUCCAGACAGGAGAUGGACCGAACGUAUUUCAUUUCAAUCCGAGAAAUGCCAAUGAUAUUUUUGCUGAAUUCUUUGGUUUUUCGAGUCCAUUUGGAGGGAUGGGUGGUGGUAGUGGCAUGAGGAGUGGUGGUACAAGGUUUCCUAGUUCAAUGUUUGGUGAUGAUAUAUUUAGUUCAUUUGGAGAGGGUAGACAGAUGAGUUCAGCCCCGAGGAAGGCGCCACCAAUUGAACAAACAUUGCCUUGUAGCCUGGAAGAACUUUACAAGGGAACCACAAAGAGGAUGAAGAUCUCCAGAGAAAUAGCUGAUGCCAGUGGGAAGACCUUACCUGUAGAAGAGAUUCUUACCAUUGAUAUCAAACCUGGCUGGAAGAAGGGGACAAAGAUCACAUUCCCGGAGAAAGGAAAUGAACAACCAAAUGUUGUUCCAGCGGACCUAGUUUUCAUAGUCGACGAGAAGCCACAUAGCGUGUUCACGAGGGAAGGUAAUGAUCUCGUUGUUACGAUGAAAAUAUCGCUUGCUGAAGCAUUAACAGGAUACACUGUCCGUCUCACAACACUAGACGGGAGGACCUUGACUAUACCCAUCAACAAUGUUAUUCAUCCCAGCUAUGAAGAGGUUGUGCCCAAAGAAGGAAUGCCUAUUCCAAAAGAACCCUCAAGAAGGGGCAAUCUGAGGAUCAAAUUCAAUAUAAAGUUCCCGACAAGGUUGACGGCUGAGCAGAAAUCCGGUACAAAGAAACUACUUGCCCCUUAA